UCGCUCGAAAUAGACGCCAGCUAUUUCUGUGGUUCGCAGCAUUCUGAAAAUGUGAACGAUACCCGACGAUCAAAAAUACCAGCGCGAGACGAAACCCCGUGAAAAUCACUGCGAAAAUCCAAUUAACUUGACGAUAAAACCAAAAAAAAUCGCGAAAAAAAUCGUGAAUAGUGUUAUCUCUUAAAAGGACUCUUUAGUGCCAAACCGAUAAUACUCGGUGUAGUGUUUUAUAUCAAAAUCCUCGAGUGAAACAUCUAUAAAGCAUCGAUUUCUAGCAAAAACGUCACGUUUAACCCCUGUCCGGUACCAAAAUGCCUGCCGGAGGAACGGCUAACAGUUCCAAUCCUUCGGGAAGAACGACCUUUAGACCGCCAUGGGUGAAAAACGAACCCGAAGCCGCUCCUUUCAACCAGAUGAACCUGAAAAGCACGCCCAGGAAACGAGAAACCACCCCCGUAGACCCAGCAGAAAGUAACCCCAUAGCUAAAGUACAACUAAGGAAGGUCCAUAGAGAUUCAGACGAUGAUGAUGAUAUUGACCUCGAAGAGCUCUUAUUAGAAGAAAAAGAUACUGUAUUAGAACCAGUUCAGUUGAGAAAGGUGAAAAAGCCAGAAAGGGAGAGUUUUAGGAAAGAAAAAGAAAACAAUCCUUUAGCCGGUGUUAAAUUAAGAAAGACUUCGGUACAAACGAAAGAACCACAACAAAAUGGAGAAGAAAAAGAAAGUUUCUUCGUUAAACCACAACUUAAGCCAGUGCCACAGAAAGAGAAAACCCCACCCAAAAAGGAUCACAAAAUACACGACCUACCAAAAUUGACGAGUGUAACUGAUAGAAAACUACCGGAAAGGAAGCCAUCGUUACUGAGGAGGGAAAGCUCGGAUGAAGUGGAAAUUGACAGAGAGGACAGGAAUUUGAUGAAGGAACUUCCAGCGAAAAGGAACUCGUUGGUACGCGCCGAGUCUAUGAGAAAGGCCUCGUUGACGCCAGCGCCACCACCGAUGCCCCCUCCACCCCCAGGUAUGCCCCCUCCACCACCAGGCAUGCCAGGGGAAAUGCCGAAAAAAGCGAUGACCAGUAAGCAGAAGCAGAGACUAGAUUUGCUCAAAGCUAGGCCCAAAGUUCGACCGGAUUGGUCAGCCACCUUGAAAGAAAUAGAAGGUGGCAAAAAACUAAAACAUGUCGAAUGUAAUGACAGGUCUCAACCUCUACUGCCCGAAGCCAAAGCUCAAGAACAUUUCUUGUACGACAGCGAGAAACCAAACGUACACAACGAACUACUAAAACAGAUCGAAACUGGUUUUAAGUUGAAAAAGGUUGUAACCAAUGACAGAAGUAAACCAAUGUUAGAAGGGCUGAGGAAGUUUAGAAGACAAAUGACCAUAGAAGAGCAAAUCCAAAAAUCCAUGUCCAUGGCUAGUAUACCCCCGGUAAGCGACGAGAUAGCCCCCGAAGAGGUAGACGAAAUGGACGACAUUGACAAGGUCCGUGACGAUCUUCAGAGCACCAAACAGAUGCUGGCCUUAGAGCUGAGAAAUAAGGAAGCGCAAGAAAUGGAGAACAAGAGGUUAUUAGCUAGAAUUGCCAAUUUGGAAGCGGAAUUGGAAAAAUCAAAGUCUGGAAGUGGAGGUGGCAAGUCUGGCGGAGCUGACGAUAAGGUAAUCAAAACGUUGAAAAAAGAAGCAGAAGAUUCGAGGAAGAACGCGGAACAAGUAGAGAAGAAAUAUACUGAAGCCGUUAAAAAUCUGGAUACGACGAAACUACAAUUAGAAGAAUUCAAGAGGAAAAACGUCGAGCUGGAGAAAAAACUUUUAGACGCCAUAGGCGGAAAAAGAGUAUCCAUUAGUCAUUCCCGUCAAAAUAGUGUCGCCAAUGGCAACGAAGACGAAGAUAUGGAAGACGAAAGUGAAGAAGAGAGCGACGGUGAAGAUACUCCCGAAAAACGUGAAAAGAGGUUACAAAAAGAGGUUAAGCAACUCACUAACAAACUGCGAAACUUCAAGAAUAAGGAAGACAACGCAAAGAAAGAGAGGCUAGCCUUAAAAGAUAUCAUCAAGAAACAUCAUGCCUCUAUUAAAGAAGAAAAGAAGAAGUAUAAUAAAAUUAAAAAAGAGGUUGAUAAAAUGGCUGCUUUACUGAAAGACGUGAGCGAAGACGAGGAUGACGACGAAGAAAAAGAAGAGCCCGAGGAGGAGGAAGAAGAAACGGAAGAAGAGGAAGAGAGCAGCGAAGAAUCCGAUAGCGAGAGCGACGACAGUGACGACAGCGACUCCGAGAAGAGUCUCAGCGAGCCCGAAGACGCUCCGUGCGAUAAGAAAAAAGUUAAUUUGUCCAGUCGCGUAAAAAGGCACGAAGCCAGGUUGGGAGCGCUUAAAAAAGGCAAUUUCUUACUGAAGACCAACGCAGAAAGGUUGCAAGACGAUCUUAACAAGCAGAAAGAAAUGACGGAAAGCCUUCAAGAAGAUCUGAACUCUGUACUAUCUGAACUGGGUUAGUUAAAAAUAACUUCAACUAUAGGAUUCUAGGAAAAUAAUGGAAGAUAGAAGCUGUUGAAAUUAAUUCAAGGUGUUGAAUGUUAUUAACUAGAGAAGGAUAUCACUAUAACUUAAGAUUGUUACAUUUAAGUUAAUAAUGGAUGGAAUCCAAGUUACUACAAUAUAAGUCUUAUUAUUUAUAUACUACAUAAGUUUUCCGUAUACAAAUUUUAUAUGAAAUGCA